AUGCCCGGGCCAUCACAAGGUACCAAGAAAUCGGUUACGUUUAAGAUUUUGCAAGUCAAACUCAAAGGCCUGCAGGAUAUUUUUGAUAAUAUCUACAAGUUUGUGGAAACACUACAUUCAGCUAGUGUGUCUGCCAGUGAUGUGAAAGUUCGUUUAGAAAGAAUUGAUGAUUCAUGGGAAAACGUCAAUAGUGCCAUUAUGGAGUUAGAGGUUCAUGAUGACUACGAUGCUGCCGAGUACGACUACGCCCAGGAUCGAGCAACGUUUGCUGACCGCUACUACACCGCGAAGGCCAGGUUGAUGGAUAAGGCGAGACAGUUGGAAGACGGAAUUUCUCUGAAUUCUACGAUUGUUGGAUUGGAAACUUCGCAGCACCCUACCGUUGAGCAUGUUCGCUUGCCGCAGAUCAAGUUGCAGACCUUCGAUGGCAACGUGGAUGAGUGGCUGAGCUUCCGUGAUUUGUACACCUCGCUGAUACACUGCAAACCAGAUCUACCUGAAAUCGAAAAAUUCCACUACUUGAAGGGAUGUUUGGCAGGUGAAGCAAAGGCUUUAGUGGACCCAUUUCCUAUCACCCGGGCCAAUUAUCAAAUUGCGUGGGACACGAUGACGAAACACUACAACGAUAGUAAGCUGCUUCGACGUCGACAGGUGCAAACUCUCUUCAAUCUACCAACCCUUGUGAAGGAAUCUGGAGCGGAGCUGCAAUCAUUGCUAGAAAGCUUUGAAAGAGCAGUGAAUACACUCGAUCAGCUGGUAACGCGCGUCGAUUACAGGGACCUGCUUCUUCUGUACAUUCUGAGCUCACGGUUGGAUGCAACGACACGCCGAGGUUGGGAGGAGCAGUCGUCUUCCAAGGAAAAGGAUACACUGAAGGAUCUGACGGAGUUUAUCCAAAGGCGCGUUCGAGUUUUGGGUUCACUUCCGGCCAAGCAGGAAUCAAAGGUUGAUUUCUCGCAGUCGUCAAGGAGGCGCCAAGUACCAACCAAGACAAACUUCAACGCUUCUCAAUCACAUCAGUCAGGGGGACGAUGUUCUGCAUGUUCGGCUUUUGGACCCUCCGAAAUCUACGCGGAAGCAUUCGGGGACGACCAGACGGCAGGUGCUGAUGAAGAUUCCAAGGAAAUGUGGAUACCGGAAAAGUGUCAAAAGCACUGCAAAAUGGCACAUCCAGAAGAUGCAGCGGUUCUUGAACAUCCGGAAGAUUCAGGCGAGGCCGAUGGAAGUACGAAUGCAGGUGGCCACGAGACCAAACCGGCAAAAUCUCAGCGGAAGACGAUAGCGAACUCUAACAAUGGUGGCCGGAAAAGAUACGAUGUGUAA